UUGCGGCUCUCGCUCCCAGCUGAUAGGGUGACGUGGGGUUUGGAGAGGCUGGGAGACGGGCUUGUGCGUGUGUAUGUGUGUAUGUGUGUGCGAAUUGGCUCCUCUGCUGCAGUUGGGUGCACACCAGCGGGCGAGCCGGGUCGGCUUCAUCCUCCAUGCCGGCUGGGCUCUGUGAGGCCGGGAAGUCGCUCAGUUGAAAGGAAAGCGAGAGAAGGAGGGAGAGGAAGAGGCAGCGAGGGAAAGAGUAGGGGGAAGCCCAUCAUAUUCCCUCGCAACCUGGGGGGUUACCAACGUCAUUCCUCUCUCAGCCGCCCCCCCCCCCAUCUCCCUCCUCCUCCUCCUCAUUUCCCACUCUCCCCUCCCACGGCCCGAUUCAUUAUCCCGAAAGAAAAUCGUAGCCUCUCUCUCCCUUCCAGCCAGCGAGACAAGUUGGAUUGACAUGCCAAGGAGAUCCCCAGCGCCCCCGCUCUUCCUCCUCCGCCUCCUUCCCUCCUCCUCCUCCUCCUCCUCCUCCUCUCCCUCCCGUCCUGGCUACGAUUGGCCAUGAAAUCGCUUUGAAGCCCCGGCAGGCUCUCUGCAAACUGGGGAGUUCAGGGAUCGCUCCCCGCUCUGCCUUCCCCCAUCGCCGGCCAAGAAGAAGCCAAAGAGUCUUAACGUGGAAAGAAGACAGUUUCCUCUGUACAGUGGAAGUUAAGCCUUUUGUAUGGCGUGGUCAAAGUUGCAGCCUGCCACCUCAGCCUUCCUCCGGUUUGGACUCAUUACUUUUGUACUGUUUUUACACGGACUACAAGUGGAUGCUGGCAUGGGAGCAGACUUACAUAGUAUAGGACAUAACAACACAUGCUCAGGUUCUUCAGAGUGCAAGGAGGGCGUGAUCUUGCCAAUAUGGUACCCAGAAAACCCAUCUCUGGGGGACAAAAUAGCCCGGGUUAUUGUUUACUUUGUGGCACUAAUUUACAUGUUCCUUGGAGUAUCUAUCAUUGCUGAUCGUUUCAUGGCAUCCAUAGAAGUCAUUACCUCACAAGAGAAAACCAUUACAAUCAAGAAACCUAAUGGAGAAACUACCACCACCACCAUCAGGGAAUGGAAUGAAACUGUUUCCAAUUUGACCCUUAUGGCUCUUGGAUCUUCUGCUCCUGAGAUCCUUCUGUCAUUGAUAGAGGUUUGUGGCCAUGGCUUUGUGGCUGGUGACUUGGGGCCUUCCACCAUAGUUGGCAGUGCAGCCUUCAACAUGUUUAUCAUCAUAGCCAUCUGUGUCUAUGUCAUUCCUGAUGGCGAGACAAGGAAGAUAAAGCACUUGAGGGUUUUCUUUGUCACUGCUGCAUGGAGCAUCUUUGCAUAUAUCUGGCUGUACAUGAUCCUAGCAGUCUUCUCUCCAGGUGUGGUCCAGGUGUGGGAAGGCCUUCUCACUCUCAUUUUCUUCCCAGUUUGUGUCUUCCUGGCUUGGAUAGCAGACAGAAGGUUAUUUAUGAAUAAGUAUGUGCACAAAAAAUACCGCACCAACAAGCACAGGGGUAUCAUCAUUGAGACAGAGGGGGAACACCCCAAAGGAAUCGAGAUGGAUGGUAAGAUGAUGAACUCCCACUUUCUAGAUGGUAACCUAGUGCCUAUGGAAGGGAAAGAGGUAGAUGAAUCUCGUAGAGAGAUGAUCCGAAUCCUUAAGGAUCUGAAGCAAAAACACCCAGAAAAGGACUUAGACCAGUUGGUGGAGAUGGCCAAUUACUAUGCCUUAUCUCACCAGCAAAAGAGCAGGGCAUUCUAUAGGAUUCAAGCAACCAGGAUGAUGACGGGAGCAGGAAAUAUUCUCAAAAAGCAUGCAGCCGAGCAAGCUAAGAGGAGCACUAGCUUGCAUGAAGUGCGGCUUGAGGAGCCUGAGGAAUUUAUCUCGAAAGUUUACUUUGAUCCUUGCUCCUACCAGUGUCUGGAGAACUGUGGUGCUGUUCUCCUCACUGUGGUCCGGAAAGGAGGAGAUGUGUCAAAAACUGUUUAUGUGGACUAUAAGACAGAAGAUGGUUCUGCCAAUGCUGGGGCUGACUAUGAGUUUACAGAAGGGACUGUUGUUUUGAAAUCGGGGGAGACCCAGAAAGAGUUCUCUAUAGGAAUCAUUGAUGAUGACAUCUUUGAAGAAGACGAACAUUUCUUUGUACGCCUCAACAACCUACGAGUGGUUGAGACUGAUGAACCUCCUGAGCUGAACAAUUUGCCAUAUCCCAAGGCCAUAUUGGCCUCCCCAUGCGUGGCUACUGUGACUAUCUUGGAUGAUGACCAUGCAGGUAUUUUCACCUUUGAGUGCGAUGUGAUACAUGUCAGUGAGAGCAUUGGAAUAAUGGAGGUGAAAGUUCUUAGGACAUCUGGUGCCCGAGGUACAGUCAUAGUCCCCUUUAGAACAGUUGAAGGAACAGCAAAAGGAGGUGGAGAGGAUUUUGAAGAUGCUUAUGGCGAGCUGGAGUUCAAGAAUGAUGAAACUGUCAAAACUGUUCACAUCAAGGUAAUUGAUGAUGAGGAGUAUGAAAAAAACAAGACUUUCUUCAUUGAGCUGAUGCCCCCCCGCAUGGUGGAUAUGAGUUUACAUAAAGCACUCCUUCUGACUCAAGAAGUGACAGAAAGGAAGCUGACAAUGGAAGAGGAAGAAGCCAAGCGCAUUGCAGAAAUGGGGAAGCCAAUACUGGGCGAGCAUCCCAAACUGGAGAUCAUUAUUGAAGAGUCCUAUGAAUUCAAGAGUACAGUGGACAAACUCAUCAAGAAGACAAACCUGGCUUUGGUUGUAGGAACACAUUCAUGGCGGGACCAGUUCAUGGAAGCCAUUACGGUCAGCGCAGCAGGUGAUGAAGAUGAGGAUGAAUCGGGUGAGGAGCGCCUGCCUUCCUGCUUUGACUAUGUUAUGCAUUUCCUGACUGUCUUUUGGAAGGUGCUCUUUGCCUGCGUCCCACCCACUGAAUACUGCAACGGCUGGGCUUGUUUUGUCAUCUCCAUCCUGAUCAUCGGCAUGCUGACUGCUGUCAUUGGAGACUUGGCUUCUCAUUUUGGUUGCACAAUUGGUCUCAAGGAUUCGGUGACAGCUGUUAUCUUUGUGGCCUUUGGUACUUCCGUUCCAGACACGUUUGCGAGUAAAUCCGCCGCGGUCCAAGAUAUAUAUGCAGAUGCUUCCAUCGGCAAUGUCACGGGCAGCAACGCAGUCAACGUCUUCUUGGGCAUUGGACUGGCAUGGUCAGUGGCCGCCAUCUACUGGGCUUAUCAGGGACAGGAGUUCCAUGUGUCAGCAGGCACCCUGGCCUUCUCCGUAACACUCUUCACCAUUUUUGCUUUUGUCUGCAUCAGUGUCCUCCUGUACCGAAGACGGCCGCACCUUGGAGGUGAACUUGGAGGCCCCAAAGGGUGCAGACUUGCCACAACUUUGCUCUUUGUGAGCUUGUGGCUCCUGUACAUUUUGUUUGCCACCCUGGAGGCCUAUUGCUACAUUAAAGGGUUCUAAGCCUCAGAAAGAUGAUCAAGCCAGAAAGGAGGGCUUCCCCCUCCUUCAUUACCUCAUUGGGCACCAGUCCUCAAAGUGUUGUCAAACCAGGAGUGACAGCUGUCAAUCAAGAUUCCACAACAGCCCAGACUGAAGGACAACUGGGCUUUAAGAAGGGCAAAACUAUCAACAUAAAAGGAAAACAAAAACAAAAAUGUAAACUUAAGCCAACAACCCAGCCACUUGAUCCCAGUCAAAUCAGAAAUGUCAGCUGCUUCCCAAGAAGCCAAGUUCUGCUGAGCUCAACUGUGUUCCUUCCUCUACCAUGCAAAAUGUAUUCAAAUGGAAAACUUAUAAAUAAUUUGGAUGAUUUGGGUUUGGAAUUUUUUGUUUGUUGGUUUAAAUUUUGGGAUGGUGCAUUUUAUUUGAACUUCUUUCCUUUUUUUAUUUCGCAAUCGGAAAGAGGCUAAAAAUGACCCAUGCAUCCAAACCUCAUGCCAGUGUUGGUGCUGGAAUAAAAGAGGCUCGACUUUUUCCUUAUUUUUUUUUACAUUGCAUAAACAAUGUUGUCUAUCAAAAGACUAUCUCUUCUCACCUUAUUUUAGGGUUACUUUGCUAGACUGUUGUAUUUGAAAUGCAAACACACCACACAUUCACAAACACACACAAAACCACGAAGUACACAUAUUCAGGAAAAAGACUGUGACGGGCUGGAGCAUGUAGCAAUCCAUUCACCUGCCUGGGCUACCAAAAAAAGAAAAGAAGGACCUUUAACAAUAUUCUAUGUAACAUAUAUAUUUUGAAUAUGAUUAUUUUCUUUGUGUAAUUGAUAUGAAGCAUUUGACACUGCAGAUAGAGAUCUUUAUAAACAUAAAUAUAUAAACCAAUAAAUGAACCAAUCUAGAGAAAAAUCUGCAGUGUGCACAGGAGGAGCAAAGGAAAACUGGCACAACCUUUUCUUUUCUUGGAUAGGCUGUUUCUUUUUUAAAAGUAGAAAUGAAUUCAUAAAAAUAAUUUAUUGUUCUUACCUCUUUUGGUGCAUACGACAAAACUUCGAAGUGCUAAAGGUGCCACUCGAAGUCUUCCAGGUCUUUGCCUUCAGGAGUUAACUUUGUUCUUUAAAGUAUUAAGACAAAGAAGAAAGAGAUUCGGGGGAAUCUCUAUGGCAUAGCAGGGCUGGAAUUGUAUUGUGACCUUGUGGAUGAUUCAGUGACAAUUUAACAACCCCUUUACAUGUCAAAAUAUGCUUUCAAACCUAGCACUGAAUUUUGGCUAUGUGAGUGGAAUUCAAGCAUUCCUGCAUUAAAAGCCCUUCUUUGGGUUGGCUGUGGGCAGGAGAUUAUAAACACCCACUGCUAUUUUCAACUAACUGCACUUUACUGUUACAUCCAUGCCAAGGCAAACUAUGUAAGUCUUAAUAUAGAGUUUGUUUAAAAAACAUUCACAAUGAACUCCGUUCUUGAUUCUGGCUUGUCCUGAUAAAUACUUAAAAUUAACUAGGAGUCUUAUUUUGGACAAAAACAACACAUUGUAAGUAGUUUAGAACAAAGCUGGUUCUUCCAGUAUCUUCACAUCUGGAGAAAAGGAAGGGAGACUCACACAUACAUAUAAUAACACAGCUAAGUGCUGUAUCCACUGGAGCCAAUGUGGUUUGUCAACCUGGAGCUCCAUCCACUGGGAAGAAUUGUGGUUUGGAGGUGAGAGCCAACCAUGAUCAUUACUAUUACAUUGCAAUUAAUCUCAUAUUGGAGCACCAGAUCCAAUUUGUUAGACAUGUCUGGCUGUUUCUUGAUUUUUGCCCCUACCUUGAAGUCCACUUUUGACAAGAAGGUGGGAUAUAAAUGAAGGCUAGCAUUCUAUAUCAGCUACUUACUUAAGUAGACUUAACUAAAUACAGUUGGAACUUUGUAGCCACAGAUUCUGGGUCUACAGAUUUAACCAUGCACAGCCUAAGAUAGUUUUAAAAAUCCAAAAGGUAAGCCUUGAUUUUACCAUUAUAUAUAAUGGGACUUGAGCAUCCACGGAAUUUGGUAUCCAUGAAGGGGUCUUGGAACCAUUCCCUGUGGAUACCAAGGGCUCACUGUAUUUUCUUCUGACUAGACCCCAUUCGUUCAGUUACCAACAAAAUGGACUUCCCUGUCCCCUUGCAGUUGACACCUAAGAAAGCAUGGAAGAGUUAUAAUUGUGGCAUUAGUGCAAUAAUUGAUCCAUACCAUAGAGUCUCGCUUUUCCAACAUAAACAGACCGGCAGAACGUUGGACAAGCGAAAAUGUUUGAUAAUAAGGAGGGAUUGAGAAAAAGCCUAUUAAACAUCAAAUUAUGUUAUGAUUUUAAAAAUUAAGCACCAAAACAUCAUGUUUUACAACAGAUAGACAGAAAAAGCAGUUCAGUACAUGGUAACGUUAUGUAGUAAUUACUGUAUUUACAAAUUUAGCACCCAAACAUCGCAAUGUAUUGAAAACAUUGACUACUAAAAGGCAGACUGCAUUGGAUAUUACAGAACGCUGGAUGAGCGAAGGUUGGAUAAGCAAGACUCUACUGUAUUUACAUAUACUAUAUUUAGUAUACUUAAUUGAGUAUCUGAUGUAGAUACUGGCCUAAAGAAAUAUACCAUGACUUGCUUAUCUCUUUCAAGGCAGAGAAUGACCUCAUGGAUGAUAGUCCUCUUCAGGUGGUAUCCCAUAUAAUAAACAAAGCAAACACAUAUCUCCUUUAAGGUUUAGGAUUAGCAUCUUCCUCCUCCUCCUUUUUUCUAAAGAAAGUGUUGACCAUUUUUUCCAGUGCAUCUAAUGUGUCCAGUACUCAUUGUGUCUGUAUUGUGACUUCCUUCUUAUUAUGCCUUUCACACCUAAAGGGCCAGGGCUCCCUGGCUUGAUCUGUAGAGGGAUUUAGUCUUCUGCCAUGGUAGAUCAUAUGAAAAUUAUUCUAACAAAGCACCUUCCUCAUUUCCAAUGGCAAUUUUUAGAGAUUAACUGAAUGAAUCAACACAGAGAGACAAAUACAUCAACAACUGAAAAUUGAAAUGUGGGUUUUGGUAAGAAACACUAUACUUAUAUCUAUAAACACACAUACCAGUAUAUAUGUAUUUUUAAGUGUAAGAAGUAAGGGGGUAUGCUUUAUUUUUUAAGAACAAGGCAUUUUCUUGUGUCAAAAAAAUCUUAGGUGCUCUAAAGGAAUGUCUUCUUCAUAAAUGCCAGGCUUAUUAAGAAUUCAAUGGCUAAUGAGUAAGACAAAUGAAAUAUUGUUCCUUAUGGUUUGAGUGUAUUGAUGAAAAUGAAGAUGUUUUUUAAACAUGAAUGAUAGUGUUUACGAGUGUGUGACAGAUGUUGUGCACAUACCCUGAUGAACAUGCACAGAAAAUGACAAAAAAGAAAACUACAGUGGCCAAAAAUAAUGCAUUACUAAACAUAGAAAUAGAGAUGAAAAAUGAUUUUUAGAGUUAUGAUAAUGAAUGAAAAAUGAAGUAUUUAUUUUCCUAUAAAGCCACAGAGUAAUUUAAUACAUGCCAUGCUCCAUUGAUGUCUUCUUAUUUUGGAUAUGAAAUGUGAGAGGAAAUGAGAAUGCUUCAGUCUCAUGCCAUUUGUGUUUGGGGAUAGGAGGGGAAUUGUACCUGAGGAAGAGCUUUCCCCAGUCUUCUUAGGUGUUUGGUAGUUUCCAGGAAAAUUCUGGGAGUUGUAGUCUAAAUGAAAAGGACACUAGAUUGGGGAAACAGAUUUCUGAAGCUGCACAAAAAGUGGAUCAUCCCAAUGGUGAUGUGAAUUGAGGAAAAGGCACUCUGCUGGGGAAGUCUCCUGGGGACAGAGCCAUAGGUAGCAAUGAUGUGCGUCUAGUGGAUUGUGUCCCAAGUCACAAAAGAGAUUCCUUUUUAUCGAAUCACUUUCUACCCUUUUCACUUUUAUCUCUGGUUCAAGCUGUGCCCUGGGGGAUGGUUUAACAAGUGCUAUGCUUUUCCCAUCUAUUCCGUGCUUUAUGCAAUAUACCUUACUGAUGUCUGCUCUUACUCUCUGGGAAGAUGGGUGGGACAUUGGAAACCUACUUAAAUAUCUUUCUCUCUAUUAUACGGGGAUCCCUGUCCAAAACCUUUACUUUAGAAAUAAGAAGCUUGUUUUUCAAUUAUCAGUUCUUACGGAUUUUUAAAAAACUGAUCUUUUUUAAAGACACAAAACCAAAUCAGUGUUUUGGGGGAGCUACCACAACUAUCUAUAAUCUGUGUUAUCUAUCAUCCUGUUAUUUCAGUCAUAUCUCUUUGAUAUCCUAAUGUCUUGUUACCAAUUACACUUUUUACCAGUAUGCUGUUCUUGUAACUGCUAACCCUAUCAAACUUGUCUGUAUGUAUGUUUCCAUUUAUUUGUCACACGUCUCCUGCAUUUCUCCCACUUGAUCUCAAGAUGGUGCAAAUGAGAUUUCAUUUGCAACCACACAAGCACCUUGGGAGGUGGGCUGACUGAUGUUUCCUUUCAGCAGAGCUUGAACAAGUUGCUUCUUUGGGACUACAACUCCACUGGCAAUGAAGGCUGGGCAACUCUGGGAGAAGUAGUCCCAAAAAGUAACCAUUCCAGCCAAAACCUCUUAAGUUUCUCCUUUGUGCUCGCAAUCACUCUGUGAGGUUUCCAAGGCCAGACAUUCAGUCCAAUGAAUGCUGCCAUCUCACCAACAGUCACCAAUUUCUGGGAUCGCAGCUCCCACGUCAUUGCAUCCAUGUGGGUAAUCAUUUAUAUAUUGAUUUCUACUUCAUUAUUGAAAGAAAGCAUCCCAGUGACCUUGUUGUUCAAGGUCAUGAUGUGAGUUCUUCUUUGACCCAGCCUUGCUCUGCUCUUCCUAGUUGAUAACCCUAACCUGAGUAGAACGAGUACUGUUAAGUCAUGUUUGCUUGUGCUGUACCAAACACAUUCUUCCAUAGGCUUCAUUCUUAAGGUCACCUUGUUGGGGAGAUGGCUGUAUACUGUUGCCCGUAUCAUGAUUACUCUGCUUUCCUCAACACACACUGAGAAGAACUGUUCUGGGCCAACUAUAUCAGUGGAGUGUUUCUUCCUUUUAUUUUUUAAUUCAUUAAAUACAGGAGAUGUAAACUGA